GCACCAGACUUGUGGUCGAAGUAACUGGGACGAGAAGCCGCACACGUGCCUGGGAUUGAGAGACACAGUCGAAAGACUCCAAAUUGCUUCCUGCCCUUUGGAAAGUCCAGAACACGCUUCAACCGGGACUGCUUGAAUGUUUGCGUUUUCUGCUCUCUGUCGACAUAGAGUGUUCCCAUUUUGUUAAAACUCCCGGGCGGUACUUGAGCUUGUUCAGCAAGCCAGCAUGGCGGGGGUGAGCCUGCUAGCAGCGGCUUGCCAACUGCUGCUGGGCUUGCUAGUGCUGUCAUUAACUGAGUCUUCCAUACAGAAUAGUGAGUGUCCACAACUUUGUGUUUGUGAAAUUCGGCCCUGGUUUACCCCACAGUCCACCUACAGAGAAGCCACCACGGUUGAUUGUAACGAUCUCCGCCUCACGAGGAUUCCCGGCAACCUUUCUAGUGACACGCAAGUGCUCCUCUUACAGAGCAAUAACAUCGCUAAGACCGUAGAUGAACUUCAACAGCUUUUCAACUUGACUGAGCUAGAUUUCUCCCAAAACAACUUUACAAACAUUAAGGAGGUAGGGCUGGCAAACUUGACCCAGCUCACCACUCUGCAUUUGGAGGAAAAUCAGAUCACAGAGAUGACUGAUCACUGCCUGCAAGAUCUCAGCAACCUUCAGGAACUCUACAUCAACCACAACCAGAUCAGCACUAUCUCUGCUAAUGCCUUUUCAGGCUUAAAAAAUCUUUUAAGGCUCCACCUGAAUUCCAACAAAUUGAAGGUUAUUGAUAGUCGCUGGUUUGAUUCAACACCCAACCUGGAAAUUCUUAUGAUUGGAGAGAACCCUGUGAUUGGAAUUUUGGAUAUGAACUUUAAACCCCUCUCGAAUUUGAGAAGCUUAGUUUUGGCAGGAAUGUAUCUCACCGAUAUUCCUGGAAAUGCCUUGGUGGGCCUGGAUAGCCUCGAGAGCCUAUCUUUUUAUGAUAAUAAACUGGUCAAAGUCCCUCAACUUGCCCUGCAAAAAGUUCCAAAUUUGAAAUUCUUAGACCUCAACAAAAAUCCCAUUCACAAAAUCCAAGAGGGGGACUUCAAAAACAUGCUUCGGUUAAAAGAACUGGGGAUAAACAACAUGGGCGAACUUGUUUCUGUGGACCGCUAUGCCCUGGAUAACCUACCUGAACUCACAAAGCUGGAAGCCACCAAUAACCCCAAAUUAUCCUACAUCCACCGCUUGGCCUUCCGAAGCGUUCCCGCCCUGGAAAGCUUGAUGCUGAACAACAACGCCUUGAAUGCCGUUUACCAAAAGACCGUAGAGUCCCUUCCCAAUCUGCGUGAGAUCAGUAUCCACAGCAAUCCCUUGAGGUGUGACUGUGUCAUCCACUGGAUUAACUCCAACAAAACCAACAUCCGCUUCAUGGAGCCCUUGUCCAUGUUCUGCGCCAUGCCCCCCGAAUACAGAGGGCAGCAGGUGAAGGAAGUCAUAAUCCAGGAUUCCAGUGAACAGUGCCUGCCAAUGAUCUCUCACGACACAUUUCCAAACCAUUUAAACAUGGAUAUCGGCACGACGGUUUUUCUAGACUGUCGGGCCAUGGCCGAGCCAGAACCUGAAAUUUACUGGGUCACUCCCAUCGGAAAUAAAAUAACUGUGGAUACCCUUUCGGAAAAAUUCAAGUUAAGCAGUGAAGGCACCUUGGAAAUAGUUAACAUGCAGAUCGAAGACUCGGGGAGAUAUACAUGCGUGGCCCAGAAUGUCCAAGGGGCAGACACUCGGGUGGCGACCAUCAAGGUGAAUGGAACCCUUCUGGAUGGUACCCAGGUGUUGAAAAUAUAUGUCAAGCAGACCGAAUCUCAUUCCAUCUUAGUGUCCUGGAAGGUCAACUCCAAUGUCAUGACAUCAAAUUUAAAAUGGUCAUCCGCCACCAUGAAGAUUGACAACCCCCACAUAACGUAUACGGCCAGGGUCCCGGUCGAUGUCCAUGAGUACAACCUGACACAUCUUCAGCCUUCUACAGAUUAUGAGGUGUGCCUCACAGUGUCCAACAUCCAUCAGCAGACCCAGAAGUCCUGCGUCAAUGUCACAACCAAAACCGCCGCCUUCGCACUAGACAUCUCUGAUCAAGAAACCAGUACAGCCCUAGCCGCGGUCAUGGGGUCCAUGUUCGCCGUGAUUAGCCUCGCCUCCAUGGCAGUGUACAUCGCCAAAAGAUUCAAGAGGAAAAACUACCACCAUUCACUGAAAAAGUAUAUGCAGAAAACCUCUUCCAUCCCCUUGAACGAGCUGUACCCUCCGCUCAUCAACCUGUGGGAAGGGGAUAGCGAGAAAGACAAGGACGGUUCCGCAGAGGCCAAGCCAACCCAGGUCGACACAUCCAGAAGCUACUACAUGUGGUGACUCAGUGGAUAUUUUGCUUCUGGUAGUAAGGAGCACAAAGACGUUUUUGCUUUAUUCUGCAAAAGUAACAAGUUGAAGACUUUUGUAUUUUUGACUUUGCUAGUUUGUGGCAGAGUGGAGAGGACGGUGGAUAUUUCAAAUUUUUUUAGUAUAGCGUAUCGCAAGGGUUUGACACAGCUGGCAGCCACUCCCGGCUCCUGGUGUGUGUUUGGUUUUUAUUCUUAUCAUUAUUAUGAUUAUUAUUAUUAUAUUAUUAUUAUUUUAUUUUAUUUUAGUUGUUGUGCUAAACUCAAUAAUGCUAUCCUAACGACACUGCUCAAUAAAAUGAUUAAUGACAGGAUGGGGUUCCCCUGUGCUUUUACCAAUAGCAUGACCCCUUCUUCUGAAGCCAUCAGUAGAAAGUUCUGCAUCCUCCAAAAAGGUAAUUAAUAUACAGUUUUGAAGCAGCAUCGAACCUUUUGUAGCAAUCUGGUUUACAGACUUAAAUCAAGAAGCUGACUAGACUCGCUACCUUCCUUGAAUGAUGUUAGUUGACUGUACUGUAAUGUAUCAACUGAAUUGAAUGUUUGCCUUUCAACAACCACUUCUCUCUGAUUUUUCCUCUUUUUUUUUUUUUUUGUAAUAGUUAAAGAGGCUUAGAACAAGCUAACAGGCAAUAGAACUAUGUAUAUCAGAUUUUUUUAAUGUAACAAACUACAUGUUAAUUGUUACCUUAUUCUUUUUAUCUUUAGUAGACACUUUUAAAAGAAAAGAUAAUUUUGUUGUGUUUAACUCACCAACAUGUGGUGUAUCAUGAAGACAGAACUAUAAUAAAUUAGUUUUGUUCUGAUUUUUUAGAACACUUGCAAUAACGUAGCAUUUAUGGUUCUUGCUAGUCCCAGUGGUACUAUUUUUCAUAUCCAUGAAACGACAAAUGAAAUAAAUCAGCCGUUGCAUGUUGACUUUUAAAGCUAGGCCCUAAAACGUUUUGAAUUCUUUUUGUAUAGGAAGAAAUAACUAUUUUAAUUCAGACAUGUUAAUGAACAAUAUUUCUAUAAUUUAAAUAUUACAGACCAGAACUAAUAUAUAUAAUGAAUUUAUAUAAUGAAAAAAGCUGUAUGAAUAUAUCCCAUGUAUAGCUAAACAUGGUCUUGUGUUUACACACACAAUAUGACACACACACACACACACACACACAUAUGAGCACAUGGAUUUGUGAUUGCUUUUCUAUAAGGGUUAAGACCUGAUUUAUUCCUUACAGUAUCCACAUUCUCCAUCCAAGUGUAAAGCACGGAGCCUUGGACUAUCUCAGAAGUAUGCCUGUGUCCCUUCUUCACAGCUAUCUAUGUGUUUAGAGUAACACUCGUCUGUGAAUCCCUGUGGAGAUAUCUGCUGAGACAAUGAUCAAUAGAAAAUAGAACAACUGCUGCAUGGUUGGCAUUUGUCAUCCAAACAAUAAUACCCACGUAGUUUGGCAGAGUGGAGUGUCUGAAGAUCACACAGGAAAUUGUGUGUGAAGCUCAGAACAGGAGCCAGGUUGAGGCAGAAGGCUAGUUCCAGGAAGAGGAGAGGGAGGGACUCUGAAAGUGUAGGUAGAGGACAGAAGACCCAUUUGAAAAUGUGAAGUGACCAGGCAGAGAGGAGAGCGAGGCGAUUCCAGAUGGCUCUCUGACAUGGACACCGUCACAUCAGGAACCAUGAGACAGUGAAGAGGGAGCAGGAUGAAGCAGGUGCCAGAGGGGCAAAAGCCAGGACAGUGGGCAGGAAGGAAGUCCAGCGGAGGCAGGCUGGGCGAUUCCUGUCUUUGUCAAGCUCUGUGUUUUGUGACUCAUUUGUUUAAAACUGAUCAUUCGGGAGCUGGGGGUGUAGCUUGGUGGUAGCACAUUUGCCUAGCAUUCCCAAGGCCCUGGUUUCAACCCCAGCCCUGAGAGGAAAAAAAUAAUAAUUUCUUUCCAUUUCUAAGGGAAGUAGGGAGGGAAUUUCAGAUGCUGAAACAAGCAAGCUGCAGCAGGAAACAGUGAGUCCCUGUGCUAGAAGCAUCCCUUCCCACAGCCUUUGUUGAUAAGAAAAACUGAGGUCCGAGGCCGACUUGCCACUGACCCCGGUCAGAUCCUCCUGCCUGUGAGAACUCUGUUCUCCUACUGAUGGCCUCAGGCCCAGCAGCCUCCUAGACUCCUCUGCACGGCUCCUCAGUUCUGAACAACCUGAUGCCCCUGCAUUAAAAAUGCGGCAGCCCCCCAACUCCUGUUGACUCAGGAUGACUUGCAGCACCAGGGUAGCACAGAGGAUCAGGAAACCAUCCACCUUGCUGGUACUGCCAAGUCCGUGUGGAAAAUGGAGUUGGGGAGGCUUUGGAUGCAGCCGUGAAGCCUUUCCUGUUGGGUAAGUCUCGUUUGCAAACAUCUGCAGAGUAGUAAACCGUCUACCAACAUCUCUGCUACAUCUGUAAGCCAUGAAAGCACGCAGCUCUGAAGAUCAGAUCCACAGCAGCUUGCAGCUGUCGGGAGGAGACACCCACAAAGAAUGACUGGAACCUGGCACAGAACAGGCACGGAAAUAUGGUGAAAUAACUGAAGGAAAGCAAUUCAACCAUUUCUCCAUUCUGAGUACAUAGCAAGCAGAGGGAAACGCAAAUGUUUUUGCCAACAAUGU